CCUAUCAGGCAAGCCUAGAUCUUGGCCAGGAUCCUUCCAAUGACUGCAAUGACAACCAACGGGAAGUGCGCAUUGUUGCUCAGAAAAGAGGUCAAAAUGAACCAGUAUUGGGUGUUGAUUACAGGCAGCGAAGGAUCACAAUUCAGAAUAGAGCAGAUCUUGUAAUUAACGAGGUGAUGUGGUGGGACAAUGGAGUCUAUUAUUGUACCGUUGAAGCUCCAGGAGACACAACUGGUGAUCCAGACAAAGAAGUCAAGCUCAUUGUUUUGAAUUGGCUUACAGUACUCUUCAUCAUCCUUGGUGCCCUCCUCCUUUUCAUGGUAAUUGGAAUAUGCUGGUGUCAGUGCUGCCCACAGCAUUGCUGCUGCCAUGUGCGAUGUGCCUGCUGCCCAACUCGUUGCUGCUGCAAUGAAAAAGUCCUAGAACGGCACCACUUUGUGAAACAAGCUAAACAACUUCUUCCAUGGAUGACACACCACUCCCAGUCAUCUUCAUACCAAUUAAACCCACUUUUGCAGAGAGAUGUAUCUCUCCAAAGCAGCCAACCAUUAAUGCCUCCAUUUGCCCAAGCACCCGCUAGCAACAAGUUCUUGGAUCACCUUGAAUCUGAGAUCAGGAACCUUAAUCUGUCUCAGCCUAUACUACCUUCACAUCAUGUUGGAAGCAGUCAACAUCCUAGCAUUCUCUCUUCUCUGGGCUCAGAGAUUGUGGAACGCAGAGUAAUCCAGUUGCCUCCUAUCAUUGAGCAUAUCCCGUCCUCUCAGAGAUCUAGCAAUUCAUCACGACCAGGGAGAUCUACACAUAUUCUAAGACCUCGGAGCAGCACAAAUGUAAACCAGAGGGAGGAGAGGAGAUGGCGGCAUCGUUCAUCUUUGGAUGAUGAUUCUUCUUUCAGCUAUGAUCAGGAACUAUGGGAUAGGCAUAGAAACAGAACUGAAUCACAAAGACAUGGCAGCCAUCAUGGUAGAUACCGGAAUUCUGCAACAGAUGUAGUACCCACCUCGCGAAGCAGAAAUAGUUUUGAUUCCCAUCUUGAGACAAGAAGAGGGUAUUCUGGACAGCAACAUUCCGAGAAAAAAAAUCAACAUUCACAGCGACGAACAUAUCAACGUGACAAUAACUUUGCUCACCAGGAUCAACGACGGCAUCGCAGCUAUUCUCCACCAUCCUCCGAGGAGUCAUGGAGUUCCUCUGGAGAACAGGACUAUUCCCGGAAAAACAGUAGGCCUCAAUAUCAGCAUCGUUCCUCAGACUGGCAGUACGAAAAACCACCUAGCUAUUGUUCUGUUGAAGUUACCCCAACCAAGAACAAGAAACUCAACAAGUCAACAGAACAGUCGGUAAAUUAUGAUAUCAUGGCUUUUAUGAUUACUUGAAUUAUUCUAUCCUGAAACAUACAUGCUUGUCUGUAACAGAGACAGGAAAUAGAGAAUGGGAUACAGAUGGAGGGUAUUGCUUCAUAGGGGAGAUGUGGCCGUCAAGAGGGCAUAACUAGAAGGGCCAACAAGAUGUUGUUAUUUGAUAGAAGGGAUCCAGGGCAUGUCCCCUCUACUAGAUCUGGUGGGGCAAACAGAAGCAGUGAAAGAAAGAUGGAGCCUCAAAUAGCCUGGCCCUAUGCCAUGUUGGGCUUUAUAAGUAAUAAUCAGGACCUUCACAAAAACUGGCAAUGCCUGUCAUAUUGUAAAGCUCUAUAAUGUGCUCUACCCAAAUCAAAGAGAAGCUCUUCAGUGCUGUCAGCUCCUUUACGUGCUCAAAAUUCAGUAACUAUUAAGUAGCAUCCUUCACUCCAAUAUGCUAAGGAUUGGAUGGCUUCAAAUAACACAAGUGCAAAAUGUACCAUAUUUUUCGGCAUAUAAGACGCACCCUUUUCCCUCAAAAAGGGGGUGAAAAUCUGGAUGUGU